AUGGCCAAGCUCUGGUUCAAAUUCCAGCGGUACUUCCGCAGGAAACCUGUACGUUUCUUUACCUUCCUGGUGCUCUACCUGACAGCUGGGAGCCUCGUCUUCCUUCACUCUGGUUUUGUGGGUCAGCCUGCUGUCUCCCAGAACCAGGCCAACCCCGCUGCGGGGGCCCCAGCGGAGGGCGCUGAGCUGGCCUUUUUGGGUGACUUAAAUCUGGGCAGAGCCUUCCGGGAUACAGGUGAAACCUCGAGCAUCGCCCGCAGGUAUGGACCCUGGUUCAAGGGCAAGGACGGGAAUGAGAGAGCCAAGCUGGGGGACUACGGGGGAGCCUGGAGCCGGGCCCUCAAGGGGAGGGUCAUCCGGGAGAAGGAGGAGGAGCGAGCUAAGUACAUCGGCUGCUACCUGGAUGACACCCAGAGCCGGGCCCUUCGAGGCGUGUCCUUUUUCGACUACAAAAAGAUGACCAUCUUCCGUUGCCAGGACAACUGUGCAGAACGGGGUUACCUGUAUGCUGGGCUGGAGUUCGGCGCCGAGUGCUACUGUGGCCACAAGAUCCAGGCGACAAACGUGAGCGAGGCGGAGUGUGACAUGGACUGCAAGGGCGAGCGGGGCAGCGUGUGCGGUGGCGCCAACCGCCUCUCCGUCUACCGGCUGCAGCUGGCCCAGGAGUCAGCCCGCAGGUAUGGAAGUGCAGUCUUCCGAGGCUGCUUCCGCAGGCCCGACAACCUCUCCCUGGCCUUGCCCGUGACGGCUGCCAUGCCCAACAUGUCUGUGGACAAGUGUGUGGACCUUUGCACAGAGAAGGAGUACCCACUGGCAGCCCUUGCGGGCACUGCCUGCCACUGUGGCUUCCCCACUACGCGAUUUCCCCUCCACGAGAGAGAGGACGAACAGCUCUGUGCCCAGAAGUGCAGCGCGGAGGAGUUUGAGAGCUGCGGGACACACAGUUACUUCAUUGUGUAUCAGACGCAAGUCCAAGACAACCGCUGCAUGGACAGAAGGUUCCUCCCAGCCAAGUCCAAGCAGCUCAUCGCUCUGGCCAGCUUCCCAGGUGCCGGCAACACGUGGGCUCGCCACCUCAUUGAGCUGGCCACCGGCUUCUACACCGGCAGCUACUACUUCGACGGUUCUCUCUACAACAAAGGGUUUAAAGGUGAGCGGGACCACUGGCGCAGCGGGAGGACCAUCUGCAUCAAGACGCACGAGAGUGGCCAGAAGGAGAUCGAGGCCUUCGACGCGGCCAUCCUGCUCAUCCGCAACCCCUACAAGGCCCUCAUGGCAGAGUUCAACCGCAAGUAUGGCGGACACAUCGGCUUUGCUGCCCAUGCCCAUUGGAAGGGCAAAGAGUGGCCAGAGUUCGUAAGGAACUACGCCCCGUGGUGGGCCACGCACACGCUGGACUGGCUCAAGUUCGGCAAGAAGGUGCUGGUGGUACACUUUGAGGAUCUGAAGCAGGACCUCUUUGUCCAGCUGGGCCGGAUGGUCGGCCUGCUGGGUGUGGCUGUCAGGGAGGACCGACUGCUGUGUGUGGAGAGCCAGAAGGACGGCAACUUCAAGCGCUCGGGGCUCCGGAAGCUGGAGUACGACCCCUACACGGCGGACAUGCAGAAGACCAUCUCUGCCUACAUCAAGACGGUGGAUGCGGCCCUUAAAGGGAGGAACCUCACGGGCGUUCCCGAGGACUACUACCCCAGAUGAUGGGUCGGAGCGGGGCGGGGAGCUGGCAGUCCAGACCAAGCAGGCCCUGGGGACUCCAGACCCCUGGGGGCCCACACCCAUCAGUCCCCUCUUCGAUUGGGGGACAAUCCCCUUGGCUGCUAUUGGCCUUCGAUGAGUUUCCUGCAUGACAAAGGAGGCUCAAGCGAAGAGAUUGUGCGGGCGCUCCCCACCUACUCACACCGCGCCCCCAGAGAUGGAGGGGGCAACUGGUUUAGGGGGCUCUAGCCACAUGGACCCUUCUCUGUCUCCCGUGUCCCUGUGCCCACCACUCUGGUCUCCACUUGUGGGAAGGAGGGCUCAUGGGUGUCCCAGAGACAAGGGUGCCCCACCGCAGGUGUUGAGGACCCUGGUGCAAGAGCUAAAGAGAAUGACAUGGGAAAAUGUGGCCCCAGACUCUCCUCCGUGCCGAGCUGAGCGCUCAAGGCUUCCCCGUCUCUGCCCCACCCAGGAAGCACUGGCGCCAGGGCUUAUCCUGGCCACUUCUGUUUGAAGAAAGAUUGCUGGGAAGUUUCUC